CAAAGCUUCGAUCGAGAUUGCGGCAUUGUUGUUUACGUUUGUUUUGAGUGAAAAUCAUUUUCAUCCGGGCAUUCCCAGACACUAACGAUGAGGCUGCACCUGGCGGCGAUCCUCAUCCUCUGCAUCGAGCACGUAACCAAGGCGGUCGCCCAGGGAAUGCCGAUCAGUCCGUGCCCCAAGGUGUUUCAGUACCGCUUCGACGGCAGCGAAUGGUUCGGCCUGAUGGCCGUGCGCAGUCCGGACGGCCACCAGCCGCUCCACAUCCGAGUGACGCUCUCGAUGCGUGGCAAGCCCACCACGAACUAUCUGGGCGAAAUCGAGCUACUCACACGCGGCAAGUUCACCCACAAUGCACCGGUGCUGUACAAGAUCCGCUUUCCCAAACAUCACUUUCCGCCCAAGCUGCUCCUCAUGUCGGCCAACAAUCAUGUGAUCUGCUUCGGAUCCGGCGAGCACAGCAUCUUCAUGACCCAAAUCCAGUUGGAGCACAUCAGGAAGUUGUCCUUUAUACCGGAUAAGAAGAGCUCCCUGCUGCUGGAUCCCGAGGAGGAGGAGGAGGUGCGAAAAACGGACGACAAGCAGCCAAGUACGCCGCACAUCCAGUUCAAGAAAAAACCCUUUGCCCAGGCGCCCAAGGAGAUUUGCGGACGCAUCGACAGGGAUCUGGACUUUCACUUGUCCCAAAGAACGGAAUCACUACAUGGCGAAAUCGGUGAACCAAAGAGCUCCGAUGGCAUCACAUCGCCAGUUUUUGUCGAUGACGAUGAAGAUGAUGUCCUGGAGCAUCAGUUUGUGGACGAAUCAGAAGCAGAAGCGAUAGAAAGCGAUAGCGCAGAUAGCCUGCCAUCGAUCACCAGAGGAUCGUGGCCUUGGCUAGCGGCCAUCUAUGUGAACAACCUGACCUCCCUGGACUUUCAGUGCGGCGGUUCGCUUAUCUCGGCACGCGUGGUAAUCAGCUCGGCGCACUGCUUCAAGUUGUUCAACAAACGCUAUACAUCCAACGAGGUGCUCGUCUUUCUGGGUCGCCACAAUCUGAAGAACUGGAACGAGGAGGGAUCUCUGGCGGCCCCCGUCGAUGGCAUUUACAUUCAUCCCGACUUCAACAGUCAGCUGAGCAGCUACGAUGCGGAUAUCGCAGUGAUUAUACUCAAGGACGAAGUUCGAUUUAACACCUUCAUUCGACCCGCUUGCCUGUGGUCUGGUUCCAGCAAAACGGAGUACAUUGUGGGCGAGCGGGGCAUCGUCAUCGGCUGGAGCUUUGACAGAACGAACAGGACGCAGGAUCAGAAGCUGUCGUCGGGGCUACCGGGCAAGAUCUCCACCGAUGCCAGUGCACCCAAGGUAGUAAAGGCUCCCAUUGUCGGCAAUGCCGAAUGCUUUCGGGCCAAUGCCCAUUUUCGCAGCCUGUCCUCAAACCGAACCUUUUGCGCCGGCAUCCAGGGGGAGAAAGAUACGCAUCAGAGCGGUGCGAGCAUUUACACCGGUAUAUCGGGGGCCGGACUUUUCAUACGCCGGAACAAUCGCUGGAUGCUGCGUGGCACAGUAUCAGCGGCCCUGCCUGCCGUAGAGUCACCGGAUGCGGAAUCUAGCCAUAAGCUUUGCUGUAAGAACCAGUACAUCAUAUAUGCCGACGUGGCCAAGUUUCUGGACUGGAUCACGGCCUUCGUAAUUUGAAUCGCAUCCGAAAUGU